AAGUUAAAGAAAAUGACACACAAACAAUAAAAAAAUACAAAAUGACACUAAACAGACGUAAAACAGCCAACAAAAAGACACCACAUGACAAGUAAGAGACACAAACAGCAACAAAACAACACAAAAUAUGAAACCAUGGACACACAAACAGAAAUAUGACAGAAAACAACGUCAAAGAGACACAAACAACAAAAAGAAACAAAAUGACAAAGCAACACGAAACAACAGAAAAAACAAGAUAUGAAACCAAAAAAACAAAAAAAACCCAACAAAGUUACAGAAAAUGACACAAAAGAAACACAAGCAACAACAAAAACAACACCAGAGAGGCACAAACAACAGAACAGUAACCUGUAGACACACAAACAACAACAAAAACAAAAUAUAUGAACUCAAAGACAAAAAAUGCAGCAAAGUUACAGAAAAGAAAUACAAACAACAACAAAAGACACCAAAGACAGACAAAACAACAACAAAAACGCAUGAUAUGAUGCGGCAGACACACAAACAAAAAUAAAAAACACAGAAAAGGACACGGAGGAGGCAUAAACAACAAUGAAAACACACAAAAGAACCACAAAGAGAGGAAAAAAACACACACAAGUCACAAAUGAGACAAAAGCAAACACGAAACACCUAAAAGGACACCAGAAACUCGGAUGUUUUAAUGUAUUCCGUCUGGAAAAAUCUCCAGACAUAAGAAGACUACAUUUACGCCAAACCCUCUGCGUCUACGUCAUGACGUCCACCGCUGUGCGUCACCACGUCUCCUCCCUCCUCUGGGAAAGCGCACAUUCCUAUUGUCCAAGAUGGCGGCGUCAGUGCAGCUCCUCCGAUGUUUUUAAACCAGUUUCCGCUUUUAAUUCUUUUAAUCCGGUUUAUGAGCGAACAUCCAGCCUCCGGACGGGUCCCCGGUCUAACCCGCAGCUCCAGCCUGCCGCCGUAUUUCCGCUAACGCUCCUGGAAGCCGCUCCCGGGCCGGAUUCCCGUCGCAGGCACCGAAAAGUUUGAGCUCCAUCACCGUGUGAGGAUGAAGAGGCAGGCCGGGAGGGAGAGCAGUCCGUCUAGGGCCGGCGCCAAGCGGCUCCGGGAGCGGGAGCGGGAGAGUGUGCGGAGAGAGGAGCUGCCGCCGCCGCCGCCGCCGCUGGCUCUGCUGCUGGCGGAGAGCCGAGGAUAUCACCGCCGGAGCCGCAGCAGGGAGCGAGAGAAGCCGCGGCUGAGGGAGGAGCGAGCAGCUGCCUUGGAGCUCCACCACCGGCACGAGCUCAGCCUCCUCGGCCGUCCGCCGCUCCGGACCACCGCGGCCGAACUCCCCGCCGCCAGACCGGGCACGCUGGAGUACAAGACUCUGCUGAUCAGCAACCUGGGCUCGCAGGUGUCGGACGAGGACGUGGAGGACGCGCUGUUCCAUGAGUUCAAGAAGUUCGGGGACGUCAGUGUGAAGCUGUCCCACACCCCGGAGCUCGGACGGAUCGCCUACGUCAAUUUUCGGCACCCGGAGGACGCCAAGGAAGCCCGGCACGCCAAGUCCUCCAGGUUAGUGCUCGGUGACCGGCAGCUCAAGAUAGAACCGAUGUACGUGAGGAGGCGGAGUGUGACCCCGCCGGACGUCGGUUAUCUGCCCCUGCACGCCCCCUACCCCUACCGGCAGCGCUCCCUGUCCCCGCCCGGCCCCGGGGUCAGCAACAUCCGGGACCUGCGGGCCCGGCACUACGCCUUGGAGACCCUGGGCCUGAGCCGGGAGCGGGAGCGGCUGCUGGACUACUACGGCAUGCUGGACGAGAGGGGGCGGCCCUACGGCUUCCCCCCCAUGCCGGUGGUGGAGGACCUGAAGCCAGAGGACGACCAGAGGGCGACCAGCAACCUGUUCAUAGGAAACCUGGACGGGAACGUGACGGAGGCGGAGCUUAGGAGAGGCUUCGAUAAGUACGGCAUCAUAGAGGACGUGGUGAUCAAGAGGCCGGCCCGGGGCCAGGGGGGCGCCUACGCUUUUGUGAAGUUUCAGAACCUGGACAUGGCCCACCGGGCCAAGGUGGCCAUGCAGGGGCGUCUGAUUGGUGGGAACCCCAUAAAGAUCGGCUACGGGAAGGCCAACCCCACCACCCGGCUCUGGGUGGGGGGGCUCGGACCUGGGAACUCUCUGGCCGCUCUGGCCCGAGAGUUCGACCGGUUCGGGAGCAUCAGGAACAUCGACUAUGUGAAAGGGGACAGCUUCGCCUACAUCCAGUACGAGAGUCUGGAUGCUGCUCAGGCCGCCUGCACCCAGAUGAGGGGCUUCCCUCUGGGGGGUCCGGAGCGCCGGCUCAGGGUCGACUUCGCCAAGGUGGAGGAGAGCCCGUCCCGUCCCUUUCCCCCUGGAUACCAGCCUCCCGUGGCCCUCCCGGCCCAUUAUGACCUCCUGGGGGAGGCCUACAGCCGCCACCGCAGCCUGGAGAGGGAGCUGAGGGCCCGGGACCGCUCCUCACCCCCCACCCACAGCCUCCUCACCCAGAGGGAGAGGGAGAGGGCUCUGCUGGACAGAGACUACCCCAGCAGCCCCACCCGCAGCCUAGAGAGGAGGGCCGGGGUGGAGGCGUUCGGGAGGAGCAGCCGGACGGCGAGGAGCCGCAGCCGGAGCAGGGAGAGGUGGCUAAAGGAGCGGGAGGAGAGGAGGAGCCGGAGGAGGAGUCGCAGCCGGAGUCUGUCCCCUGACCGGCCGACGGACGACCGGGAGAAGGAGAGGGGGAGGUCGAGGCUCCGUGGUCCCGGAGGGGCCGUUUCUCCCGACGCCAGCCCAGACCGAGCUCGUGUUCGGGCCCCUGACUCCACCACAGAGCCCCGGGACCACUCCCCCGACAGUGGUGGGGGGCGACACCCCGCCGCCAACGAAGACGACGCUCCGCCCGGCCGCCACCACAGCAAGAGGUCCGGGGACCACCUGAACAACCACCACCACCGGGGCGGGGAGGUGGUCCCUGCUGCCUCCCCCCCCACCCUCACUGACUCCCACACGUCCUCCUCCCCCGGAUCGCUGUCUGAGUUCGCCCAGACGUCGCUGCCCAAGACGUGGCACGGAUUCUUCGCCCUGAAGAACAGCAGCUUCCCCACGGACCUGUACCUGCUGGAGGGCGGGGCAUCCUUCUUCAGCGCCGUGAUGAAGGAGAACCUCCGUCUGCAGAAUCAGAACCAGAACCAGCUGAAGAUCGCCCAGCGGCUCCGCAUGGACCAGACCCGGCUGGACGAGGUGUCCCGCCGCAUCAAGCUGGGUCGACCCGACGGCUUCGCCAUCAUGCUGGCGCUGCAGGGGCCCGUGGACCGGCAGGCCCCGGCCCCCGAGCCGGGCCUGCAAGUCCGCCUGCUACGCCACCUGGUGACCUACCUGCGGAACAAAGAGGCGGCCGGCGUGGUGAGCCUCCCCGCCGCCAAGGAGGGCGGUCCGGGGGCGAUGCUGUACGCCUUCCCCCCCGGGGAGUUCUCCCAGCAGUACCUGCAGAACGCCAAGAGGACGGUGGGGAACCUGGAGGAGGAGCACAUGGUGGUGGUCAUUGUCAGCGACACUAACUGACCCAAACACUCGAAUACUUCUAGGGCCGACUGACGAUGAACCCAGGGAUCGUCUGAGCGUGAGCGCACAAAAACUUUUACAGAAUCUAGUUAGAAAAUUGGUGUAUUUUUGGCAGAUUUUUAGAUGAGACGCAUAGAAUUAAUUACCAGAACUGUACGUCACUUUUGACCAACUUAAAGCUGAAAAUCUAAAUCAGCAUCAUUUUGGGUUCAGACGGUUAAUUAUCUUCAGGAACAAGUUAACUUUAAUUAAAUUCACUUUAAUGUGGUUUUUCUUCCUUCCAGGAUCGAUCUCUGGAGAUUUUGUGCCAAAAAAACAAACAAACAAAAAACCCAUCAGAGAAAAAAACCAGAACUAGAUUUUCCCAACAGACAAUAAAAACAGCAAAAAUAAACAGUUAAAAAGAGCCGUGACCAAUUAUUAUUUUCAUUCUCCUUCAACCUGAUUAUCUGUCAUUAAUCAUUUAAAACAUAAAUGUGUCUGUUCUUUUAUUCUAGAGCCCAAAAUGAUGCUUUUAUUGACUUUUUUGGUCUGACAAACACUGAAAAACCUCCAAAAUACUGUAAUAAUAAUCACAUUUUCAAUCUGUUUUGAGCCAUUUGCUAUGAAAAAGCCUCUAAAGUCUCUGAUUUUAGCUUUUAAAAGUUGAAUAUUCUCAAUUUUGUUCCUCUUCUGUGACAGUAAACUGAUUUUCUUUGUGUUUAAAGAAGUCAUGUUGGAAUUUGAGGAAGGCUAAUUGACAUUUUUCAGCGUUUUCUGACAUUUUAAAGAGCGAAAACGUAUUGAUUCAUUAAGAACAAUGGAAAUAAUGUUUGUUACGAUGUAAAAGGAUUUUUAAAAAGCCAAACAGUUAAACAGUCUGAAGUUUGCUCACUUCCGAUGACGCUCAGACGAUCCGUGGAUUCGUCGUCAUUCGCGGCCUGAAAUCCUUCCAUGUUGUUGUUCUGUGGAAACACUACGACGUUUUUAAGGAGCGAACACUAAACGGACAGAAAGACGAGCUGCUUUUCUACAAACACUACGUCUGACGGGACGUUUCUACGCUCGUGGACUUGAUGACCGUACUGUAAAGGACUGAUUCUGAGCCGUCCUGGUUUUAACAUUCCAGUCUGUUCUGAGAGGUGAGUGUCUGUUCUGGUGUUGCAUGCUGGAAAAGAAGAAAAAAGUUCUAUUUUGUCCUUUAGAAAAAAGACGUUUGAUCGUUUCACCAGUUGGGAUUUUCUAUUGUGAACAUUUUUACCUUUAAUUCCAUUUUAAUCCAUCCGUCUUCCUCUCUUCUGGUUCAGUUUAUCCAUUAAGUGACGUUUUUAAAUGUUUAAAAAAAAACAGUCAAAUCAGAACCUUAUUUCUGGAGCAGCUUUGAGACGAUUUAAAGGAGCGACGAGCUGAAAAUCUGGUUUGAAAAAUAUUAAAAAUGUUCAACGGCAGCAGAAAAACAAAGAACUAAAAUGAGAAAUAUGAAUUUGUCAAGAAAAUAAAAGUUUAAGGUUGCAUUUUAUGAAAAACGGAAAGAAAAGUUUCAAUUUAAAACAUGAAAAUUAUAGAAUUACAGCCAGUAAUGUAUUUGUUAAAUGAGGAAAAAAAUCAUAAAAUUUAAAGCAUUUUUAAAAAACUCUCUGAACCCAAAAUAGUCUCAAGAUAUAUAUUUUAUUUUAUUUUUAAAUUUCUGUUAUAUAAAUAAAAUCCUGCAACUCCUCGGUGCUGUCUGACACAAUUAGAAUGCCAUAAAUAAUAAAAAAUAAUCAUUAAAAAAUAUUUAAAAUGUUUAACAGCAGCAGAAAAACAAAGAAACUAAAACAAAAGAAAUCUAAACUUGAAUGUUUCUGGAAAAUAAAAGUUUAAGUUUACAUUUUAUGAAAAAGAAGAAGAAAAAUUACAGUUUAAAGCAUUAAAAUAAUAAAAUAAAAAUAAUUUCCACCAAUAAUAAUUUUUAAAAGAAGAAAAAAAAAACCAGUUCCUGUGUUUUUUUUAAAUUUCUGUUGCAUUUUUAUUCACCUUUUUUAUUCUACAAAAUAAAAUCCUUCAGCUCAUCUGUGCUGUCUGACACAAUUAGAGAACCAAUAAUAAUAUAAAAAUAAUAGAAAAAUAGAAAAAUAAUUAAAAAAUAUUAACAAAUUUUAACAGCAGCAGAAAAAUAAAAGAAAGUGGAAAAAAAACCCAAUUUGUCAAGAAAAAAGUUUAAGGUUGCAUUUUAAGAAAAAAUAAUUUAAAACAUGAAAAAAAUGUUUAAAAAGUAAAAUUUCAGCCAAUGAUGAUUUUUUUUAAAUGGAGAAAAAUCUUAAAAUUUAAAGCAUUUUUUAAAACUCUCUGAUUCCAAAACAGUUCCUGGAUGUUUUUUUAAUUUAUUAUUGUUAUAUUUUCACUAUUUUUUUUUACUACAAAAUAAAAUCCUCUCUUCUGUGCUGUUUGACACACUGAGGAUGCCAUAAAUCAUAAAACAAUAAUAAUAAAAAUACAGUAAAAAUUUAGGGAUUUCAAUUUAAAUUUGUCCAGAAAAUAAAAGUCUGCAUCUAAUGAAACACAAAAACAAGGAAAAUUACAAUUUUAAACAUUAAAAUAAAAACAAACAAAGAAAGACGUCAGCCAGUAAUGAUUUUUACAAUGAAUAAAAGUCAGUAAAUUUAAAGCAUUUCAAACAAAAACUGUGAAAACAUUUUUUUAUUUAAAUAAAUUCUGUUACAUUUUACUUCACUGUGGGAUAGUUUGUUUGUUACUCCUCUGUGCUGUUUGACACGUUUAGAAUGUCAUAAACCGUAAAAAAAGAUACAAAAUAAAAGCUGAAUUUCUUUGGUUAUUGUUUUUAAAACUCAGCAGGUUUUAGCAGCACUGUGAAGACAAAUGCUGGUUCUACACACUAAAUGUUUUGUUAUUUACCUUUUUAAGUUGUUUUUAUUCGCUCUGCUUUUGUAAAUUAUUAUUAAUCAACCGUUGGUCACAUCUGGGUAAAUGACGUCUUGUAAUUUAAGCCGAGGAACGCAGAAUUUUUAGUUUUUUACAGAAUCUAGUCAGAAAAAAUGGUUUAUUUACGGCAGAUUUUUAAACGAGACACGCAGCAUUAAUGACCACAACUGUACAUCACAAUUAGACCAACUUACAGCUGAAAAUCUGCCGUUAAGUCAGCAUCAUUUUUUCAGUUUUCUGUCUGUUUUGGGUUCAGACGGUUAAUUAUCUCCAGGAACGUCUUAACUUUAAUUAAAUUCCCUUUAAUGUGUUUUUUCUUCCUUCCAGGAUCGAUCUCUAGAGAUUUUGUGCCAAAAAAAUGAACAAAAAAAAAAAGAUCAGAUACAGAAACUGGAGCUCUUUUUUCCCGCAGACGAUAAAAACAUAAAAAAUAAACACCAGAGAGUUAAAAAGAGCUGCGACCAAGUCUUAUUUGAAUUCUCCACAAACCUGAUUAUCUGUCAUUAAUUAAUCUUUUAUUCUGGAGCCCAAAUUGAUGCUUUAAUUGACUUUUUUUGUCUGACAAACACUGAAAAACCUCCAAAAUGUUUAGUUUUCUGCAACAAUAAUCAAAUAUUCCACCUGUUUUCGGCAAUUUAUUAUGAAAAAAGCCUCUAAAAUCUCUGUUUUUUUCCUCAUUUAUGCCACUAAACUGAUUUUCUUUGUGUUGUGAACAAAAGCAGAUGUUUAAAGGCGUCAUGUUGGGAUUUCAGAAACAUUAUUUGACAUUUUUCAGCAUUUCCUGACAUUUUAAAGAGCAAAAAAUUUAACUGUAAAGGUUCUAAAAGGAUAUAAAAGGAUAAAAAAAAAAGAUGCAAAUAGUCAAAUCUGAGAUUCGGUAUCAUCAAAAGUUUGCAUCCUUCACACAUUAAAGUGUCAAAAAAUGUCUAUGCUGAUGAGAAAAAGCAUCAAAUCGUCAAACUUUAGCUUUUCUUUCUUGAUAAAUGACAAAAUAUUCGGAGAUGAAUUCAGUUUUUCUGCCGUUUGCACCAAACAGAUGAGAGUUUGUGUUCUUACUUUAAUACCUCCUGAGGCUUCCAGCAGCUUUUAUUGUUCACCAAAAGCAGAUUUAGUUCAGAUUUCUUCACCCCGAGGAUAAAUAUUAAAGAUGAGUUUGCAGAAUGAGACACAAAACGGCAACAAAAAUGUAGAUUUGAGUCUCAGAUCUGAAAAAAUAACGAGUCUGAAAAUGUGCAGCGAGAAACGAUGAAUGAUUGUGUUCAUGAUCGAUUAAUGGGUUUACCAGAAAGAAAGAGGAAUUAUUCUGCAGCCAGCACUCCAAAACCAGAAAAGAUUCUCUCUUCCCGUAAUAAUUAAUUCAAUUAUUUGAUUAUUUUUCUGCCAAUUGAUCGAUUAAAUGAUCGUUUCAGCUAAAAAAAGAGACUUUCUUUUUGUUUUUGACUCCUAACAUACAGAAAAAUGAAUAUUUUCAUUCAUUCUUUUGUUUUUUUUAACUUUUAUUUCCACUCCACUACAUUAAUUAUUGUUUUUUUACUUCACUACAUUGACAUAAAGUUUGUACUUUCCAAGAAUUUUUUAUAAAAGUCACAAAACCAGUAAAAAAAAAAAAACUCAUUCUGUCGUUUUUCUGACGCUGAAAAGUAAAACAAAGUGACAUAAAAGUGUAAAUGAAGUCAAAAAUCAGUUAUCAGAUGGAUAAGAGUCCCGUUGGCCGACUUUUACCUCAUAAUUAAACCUUUUAUCCCCAAUAUUAAAUGUACAAAGUAGAUUUAUCGACCAUUUAAACACUCAGAAUUUUGCCUUUUUCGCCUCAUUUUGCUCUGAAAGUGAAACAUUUCAACCUGUUUACAUGUAAAUGAAACGCUUUUUGUUUGAAAGUUGUUCUGAGAUAAAAACCGCAUGUCUGAAUGUUCUUCAGCCACUUCCACACCACAGCUUUUUGUACGAUAAUCUGUUAAAGAAUCAAAAAACAAACGGUUGUUUUUGUGAGUAAACAAUCGCCUUCCUUCCUCUGGUUUCUGUGUCGACAGUAAAACAUGUAUUCUGUAUUGGAAGAAGUUUAAUAAACAUUUUAUGCUCUUUCUAA